AGGUUUGCUAAGUCUGCUCCUGCGCACGGGAAGGGACGCUGGUGGCUACCCCGGGCGCCGGGAAUUCUGGGGGCUGCGCAGGUCUUCUCUAUUUGCUGCUGGGAGGGAAAUCGAAGAUUUCUUUCUUGGUCUUGGAUCCUUGAUUCAUGGGAUGAAAUUCUGGCUAUUUGGAGCCAACAGAAAGCCAGACCAGUGGAGUGAGUACAAAGUGUCUAUGUGGUUCAUCUGGUGCUGCCAAAACGAAGAGAAACAAACAGACCCAGCUGAAGCAAAAGCUGGUGACCAUGGCAAACCAGGUCCUCCUCCCAUCAAGGAUAUCCCUACUGGGCAUAGUGCUUUGGCUAUUGGCAGCUGCACACUUCUCUUCAUGCCAUAAUAAUCAUGUCCAGAACCAUUUUUCAUUGUCCAAUCCAGAGAAGAACAAUAUCCAGGAAAAAAAGAAAGAGGUGUCAUCAGAACAAGAACUUGACAAUGAAGACCUGAAAGUGUUUUAUCCCACAAACCAAUGGCAGACCCUUCAGCCAGAUCAAGCUGUCCCCGCUGGUUCCCAUGUGCGUCUGAAUCUACAGACUGGAGAGAGAGAAGUAAAGCUCUCAGAUGAGGAGAAAUACCAAAAUAACUUGAAAGAACAAAAAAAAGGCCAGAGGUUGGAUCUCAAUACACAUGGUUUCACAACUCAGGACCUCAAGAGUGCUCUUGAAAAAUUCAAGGAGGGAGUAGGGGCUGAAAAAGAAGAUAAGGCCCGGCAGGAAGAGGUCAGGCAACGUUUCCGCCCUAUUGAAGAUCUGAAGAAGGACUUUGAAGCCUUGAAUGUUGUCAUUGAGAGUGAUCUUCAGAUUAUGGUUCGGUUGAUCAAUCAGUUCAACAGCUCCAGUACCACUCUGGAAGAGAAGAUAAUGGCUCUCUAUGACCUAGAAUAUUAUGUCCAUCAGAUGGAUAAUGCCAGAGACCUGCUCUCCUUUGGGGGUCUUCAGGUGGUGAUCAAUGGGCUCAACAGUACUGAGGACUUGGUGAAGGAGUAUUCUGCUUUUGUGUUGGGUGCUGCUUUCUCCAGUAAUCCCAAAGUCCAGGUCGAGGCCAUUGAAGGUGGUGCUCUCCAGAAGCUGCUGGUCGUCUUGGCAACUGACCAUCCUUUGGCUGUGAAGAAGAAGGUCCUGUUCGCUCUGUCUUCCCUCCUUCGGCACUUUCCCUACGCGCAGCAGCAGUUCCUGAAGCUGGGAGGCUUGCACGUCCUCAGGAGCUUGGUCCAUGAGAAAGGCAUGGAGGUGCUAGCUGUGCGUGUGGUCACCCUGCUCUAUGACUUGGUCACUGAAAAGAUGUUGGUAGAGAACGCUGAGCAGGACCAGAGCCCUCCAGAAGAGAAGGUCCAGCAGUACCGCCAGGUGGAGCUCCUGCCGGGCCUUCAGGAGCAGGGCUGGUGCGGCAUCGUGGCCGGGCUGCUGGGGCUGCCGGAGCACGACAUGCGGGAGAAGGUGCUGCGGACGCUGGGCGCCCUGCUCGCCCCGUGUCGGGAGCGCUACCGCCGAGACGCCCUCCUCAGCAGCACGCUACGGGGCUUACGGGACGAGUACCAGGAGCUGGCUGCCCUGGAGCUCCAGGACGGGGAGGAGAACGGCUACUUCCAGGAGAUGCUGGGCACCAUCAACGGCUUCAUCCAGGAACUCUGAUGAGGUCCACCGUCGGGGCAGCACCAGGCCUCAAAGGAACUUCCCACACCGACACUGAGGUGUCUUGCUGACCCUGUGUUUUGGCCAUUAAAUGGAGGCGUUGAGAGUU